UUGAUCUGAUAAACCAGCAGACUUGUCUAGCGCAGCCGAGCGUGUGUGGCAACAUUGUACUUGACCUCGUCCGCUUUAUUUUCGGCUCUUGGUCAGCAUGAGGCUGAGCAGGUUUGUGGAAUUUGGAAGGAAAAUCAUAUGCGUCGGAAGAAAUUACAGGGACCAUGCUGCGGAACUUGGAAAUGAAGUACCCGAAAAGCCACUGCUUUUUAUGAAACCACCAACAGCGUACGUUGUUGAAGGAAACCCUAUUAAAAUCCCACGAGCCUGUGACGAACUACACCACGAAGUUGAGCUAGGAGUUAUCAUCAGUCGCAAAGCCAAAGAUGUGGACGUUCGUUCCGCUAUGGACUUUGUGGGUGGAUACGCCCUCUGUCUGGAUAUGACCGCUCGAAAGUUGCAGAACGAUGCCAAGGCCCGUGGACAUCCCUGGGAAAUAGCCAAGGGCUUCGACACGUCCUGCCCCGUGGGGAGCUUCAUCCCCAAGGAGAAUGUUCCAGAGCCCCAUGAGCUGAGCCUGUGGUGUCGGGUGAACGGUCAGCUGCGCCAAGAGGGGCGAACCUCAGAUAUGAUUUUCAAUAUUCCCACUAUUAUCAGUUAUAUCAGUGGGUUCUUCACGCUUGAGCCGGGAGAUUUGAUCCUGACAGGUACUCCAGCUGGCGUUGGCCCCAUUCGAUCGGGCGACGUUAUUGAAGCCGGCCUCGAAGGACAUAGCAAAAUGAAGUUCAGUGUUGAACAACAAAAGUAGCAUUAUUACUAUUUUUUGCACUUUUUUUUAUCCAGUUCACACAGUAGUCCAAUUUUAGCUGGACAUUGCUGGUGUGUAGAAAAACUAUUAAUUUUUACACUUUCGAUUGGAAAGCUAUAGCAAGGCCUUUUUUUGUACCAUUGAAGUUUCAGUGCAGUGUUUGCCCAGCAUCAGUAGAAAACAAAAUGUGCCGCUGUAAUAAUGUGACCAUUUCAGUGGUAACUCACUUUCUGGGAGUAUAGAAAUAAUAGACAGACGGAAGGAUAUUUUAAAGCUCUCACGACGUAGCCACCGUCCAUAUAGUAUAUGGAUGAUUAUGCAUCACCUGUCAUUUUCUUGACUGUUGAUGCUAACACGCAAGCCAAGUGCCACAAAAAAAAUUGUGGAAACAUAAUGGGCAAUCAGAUCGUGUCUACAAUUACAGAAGGUACAAAUUUUACACCACAGAUGUCUGGGUGCAGAAUGGAUGUUGCCACCUACACGCAAAACACUCUGUCAUACCUAAGUGUAACAUUGAUGCAGUGGGUCUACACGGUGUCAGCUCUCGCGGCAUGUUCAGAUAGGCAGUAUGGGUUGCUAGGAUUCCACUGGUGGUCACUGUAUCAGUGAUGCCUCAUGUAAUUAAUGCCCCUCACGUGGUAGGGACAAAACAAAUACACCAUGCUGUAUACAUGCUGCAGUUUAGCUUUAAAAAAUAAUGUUGCACUUCCCAUUACUUGAGCUUGCCAAUUUGAUUUUGCAAUGUUGUUCUUCCGAAUUACAUUGCCUUUCCCUUUCAUGCAUAAACUGUUGUGUUGGGGUGCUUUCUAUUUACAUUUUGUUUUUUAUUUGUACCCUCUGUAUUGUGUCUCAAGAUGCCUGCACUUCCUCCCUUCUCGAUAUGUUCUUCUUAAGGUUGGACUGGUAGGUUUUAAUUGUAGCCCUGGAAGUCCAACACUGUACUGUCUAGACAUUGUGAUUACUUUUUCAGUGCAAGUUAGUUUUGAAGUUGGAGGAGGGGGGGGGAGUGCCUUUAUUCUGUGCAAGCUUUCUUUUUGCAGUUUUUGUAACGUUUUAUUAAGCAGACAUAGAUUGCUUUCAUUUUGUCUCAACUGCAACACUGAAUUGACAACUGUAUGUUGCCCUAUUUCCCCAUACAAGCUUAAAUGUGUCUUCAGUAAGCUGCCCUGUAAACAGCACUAGUCAUGUAGUCCUCAAUAUUUCUUAACUCUUUUAGCGCUCAUAGCUGUUUGUUGAGCCUUUGUUGGCUAGGAAACUAAGGCAUUACAAAAUUUUUAAUGGGUGGCAGGAGGUAAAUUGGUAUAAAUGGCAGGGAAGUAGAUGAACAUG